AUGCUUCGUUCUCUUGGUAAUCUACAUCUCAACUAUCAAAAAACUCAUCAAGUUAAAAGUGUUCUCUUACAUUUAAAAGGCGUUGAAAAAACGUCAUGGCAUAAGGCGCAAGCGAGAUCCAAAGCGCUGUACACGGGGGAACAGAUCCUUGUCGAUCAAACCUAUAAAAUUUGGGAACAGGAGGAUCAGGAGAACUCGAUCAAUCAUCUGGACAUUCCCUUUAAAGUAAAAUUACCUUAUAAUCUUCCCGAAACAAUCACGACGGAAGUUGGAUCGGUAAAUUACACUUUACGUGCCGUCAUUAAUAGAAAGGGGGGAUUGGUAACUUCUCCGACUCAAGUGAUUGAAGUUAACUGUCCUCUCAAGAGAACCAUAAACUUGGAAGGUUCAAACAAUGUUCCUUACAAAUUACGUGGAGAAUCGAGGAGCGGGUUGGAUUAUACGUUUGUUUUGCCACCAAACAAAAGUUUUAACCUUGGAACUUACGUUUCUAUACCGAUGAGGAUCCGUUUCUUAAGGCCUGGUAUAAGCGUUGAACGAGUCGAAAUUUCAUUGAAAACUUGUAUGGAUUUUCGAUGUAAUAAUCCGAAUGAAACUCGUCAUACCAAGGAACAUGCGGCCUCCCUUUUGAUUCCAAGGCAAGAGAUCAAAUAUUUACAACCCCUUUCGCAUCACUACGAAGCAUCACUCAUCAACUUUGCAUCAAAUUUUGUUUAUGGGGAGCCGAUAUGGACUUUCAAGUUGAAGAAAGUGUUAGGGUGGCCAACAUACAUGAAAAAUUCACCAAGCUUGCUUUCACCUCACACUCCAACAUUUGAUGCGCCCAUUGUUGGUCAAUAUUCACCAAAUCCAUCGGUUUAUGAUCCUGAUGAGAUCAGCAUUGAAAUAAGGGACAUGAAAUCAAAUAAUAAUGGAUUUGGAAUCUCAAGCGGUGGAGAUCGAUACGCAUAUCCUGACAAGAAUCAUCCCGAUAUGCAAUUAUACAUGUCCCAGCAACAAUUACAUAACGCGUCAGUGGGGAGGUCACCUUCGAUGUCAGAUUUUCCACCACCUCCGCCAUUUUCUUAUCAUUCAGAAGGGUAUGCAAACAAGUUUUCAUUAAAUCAUUAUUAUUGGCUAUACAAACAAAAACAAGUUGAAUUGGCUUUAUUAAAACAACAACAUCUGUAUCACCAAAAAAUUUAUAAUAAUAUUCGACUCAAUAAUUCACCUUCUCCGACACCUUCUUCAUCUUCUUCCACCAUUUCUCUAUACGUUAGUCCAAACGUGGCGCCAAAAUCACCACCUAUUCAUCCUCCUCCGUCGACACCGAUACCACCACCGAUCUCUACAUCCGAACGAUUUGUCGAUGGGUUGCCUUCACCCACCUCUCCUCCAAAUUCAUCAAAAUUACCUCCUUAUCCAGUAGAAAGGCGACAUUCUACUAGUAGUAACAGCAAUGAGAAAGCUCCUCCACGACCCAUCGCUUCGCCUCCACCAUAUCGCGGUCACCUUCAAACGAGACCUUAUGUUGAAGCUUAUACUUAUAAUUUCGACGACUAG